AUGGAGGUCGGAUCGUAUGCCGUGUUUUUGAUUGUUUUGGUUUAUGGUCCAUCCACAAACAUCGAUCUUGAUCCGGAAUUCUUCUGA